UUUUGUUUCUUCUUGCUUGGUCGCCAGUCCACCGUUCGCUAAUAGACUUUGAAAAAACCAUGUUUAAAAAACCAUUGACCAAUCUCAAAUCAUUCAGUCCACUGCGUUCCUCUGAUCGACGACGAUUCCAGAAUGAAGUCUACGAUGCUUAUCCUUCCAUCAAAGAAGAAUGUACAAAAGAAGGUGCUACGCCCUUGAUGCCCGACACGCUUCAGUCAGCAAAGUUUGUCACGCAUAUCAAAGUGGGAGGCACCAUGUAUGUCGUCGAUAAAAAUCCACUGUGGCUCAAAGUAGAUAACCUUAAACCUGUACCGACCGUCUACACCAUGUGGCGCUGGCCCGAUAUUCUGCCAAAGUUGUACACGUGGGGUCCAGUGAUUCAUAAACUUAUGGAAGGCGCAGAUCUCAUGAUUCCCGGUCUUGUGUAUGGCCCCGAAGGCACAUUGCCAAACUUGGAUACAGGUGAUUUAGUCGCCAUUACCAUCAAGGAUUAUCCGUUCCCGCUCGCGGUGGGCACCAUGGCAUUGCCUAGCAAAGAUAUCAAGGUUCGCUCAGGCAUGAAAGGCAAAGCGGUUCACAUUAUUCAUGUUUUCCACGACUACCUGUGGUCCAUGGGUGAUAAAUCAGAACCACCGGAACUGCAAGUGGGAUCCGAAAGUGACACCGACGAAGAGGAAGAGGACGGUCAAGAGAACCCUUCCUCUGCACAAGAUGACAUGGAAUCCGCCCCAGUUCCCGCUCCCGUUGCCGCAGUACAAGAAAAUGAGGAUGCACAAGAAGAAAGCACAGAAUCAUCGACUGUGCAACUUACAACAAAUGAAAUCGAUGACCUGUUGAAGGUUGCGCUUUAUCAAGCACUGUGCUUCAAAGUGACAUCGGAACAAGCGGCGACCCUCCUUCCUAUAUCUGCAUCUACUCUUUAUGCCUCUUAUAUUUUGCCAAGUCGGCCUUUUGAUGUAGGCAGUGAGGUCGAUGUGAAAAAAUCAAGCUGGAAAAAAGUACAAAAAUUCUUGAAAGUUAUGGAGAAGAAUGGUUUACUGAAAUUGAAAGAACAACGAGGAGAAACCAUGGUCACUUCCAUCAAUUUUUCUCAUCCAAGUCUACAGAAUGUAGAGCCUAUUAGGACAAUAGGCGAUGGAUCCAAAGGCACUCAAUCCAGCAGCAAUGGAAAAUUAUCAGAAGCUGCCACAUCGUCUACAACUGCACCCCAAAAAAUGGAAUCCGCUACCAUUGAAGAACUGUAUAAACCGCUAGGCAAUUCCAUCCUUGUCUUCUUUGAUGCGGCCAAACAUGAUAAAAAUGCGAUGUACACGGCAGCUGAAGUACGAAAAGUUUUGACGGACUACGUAAAAGGCAACAAUCUUGCAGAUCCUCGGAACCAAAAAAUGGUGAAAAUUGACGCCAUUCUCUGUGACGCCUUGUUGACCAAGCCAGAGUAUAACACCGUAGAAAAACUUGCGCGCGACCAAUUGGGUCAAAGAUUAUUGAGCAAAAUGCAGCAUUUCCACGUACUGACGCUUCCUGGAAAGGAGCCUGUCUUGCGCAAAGGCGAACCCAAGCCUGUCAACAUCACCCAAGAAAUUCGACAGGGACGCAAGACCAUUACCAAGGUGACAGGCGUGGAGGCAUUUGAAUUAGAUAUCGACGACCUGUGCAAGGACCUGACCAAAUUAUGCGCGAGCAGCGCCACCUACAAUCCUAUUCACGGCGUGAGUCCCAAAAAUCCUUUGUACGAGAUCAUGGUGCAAGGCCCUCAGAUUAAAAACGUCUCUGAGCUGUUACUGCGAAAAGGUGUACCAAAAAAGCUAAUUGAAGUGAACGAUAAGACUUCCAAAAAGGGUAAAGGCAAAAAAUAAAAAACACCAAUCUCUAAUGUUGCAGUGAAUUCGUGAGCAACAAGACCACUGUACCCAACUGAUUUGACGAGUUAGCAUUUUUCUCUGCCGUGCAAUACAGUUCUCCUUGAUUUAGGAAUCCCAGAAAACAGUGAAUCCGUGUAUCUAGAAAAUGAUCUUAAUCGAGCGGUGGCUGUAACUGCCAGCGAUAAGUGAUGCGAUUUUAACAUCCCGAAUAACAAUAUCCGUAACCAUUUUCUUUUUGAGAUCUCUCGGAGAAGCACAAAACGUGAAGCCUAAAUCGAAUUACUCCAAAUCGGAUUUGG